AUGGACGACUUGCUGCAGCAGCUGCAGCACAAGAUCAACCGGACGCACCCAAUCUGUGUUCCGUCCGUGAAUGACAAGGAGACGGGCAGUCGUUUGUGUCAUUGGUCGCCGCUUGCCGAUGCACUGGGCAGCAAUGAUCCCAAAUCCGGUGGCGAGUGGUGGGCCAUUCUUGACAAGCUAGCAGCAGAGGACCCAGGUUGUGGUGCUGCCGUCGGCUGUCUGGUCGGCCUUGCCCUGGGCGACGCGUGCGGCGCACCGUUAGAAUUCUGCGCUGUCGAUUCCCGGCUCCCAGAUCUGCCGGCGGGGGACUUUUCGGAUUUGAGAAGGCCUUGUUUAAGUGGACAGCUGGACGACACCGGGCAGCUGGUCUACCAGAACGCGAGGAAUAAGUUUGAUUUGAAGCUAGGUCAGUGGACAGACGAUGCCAGUAUGGCUUUGUGUCUUGCGGAUUCCCUGCUAGUGCGGGGAAGAUACGAUGGAGGCGAUGUGCGAGUUAGAUGGCACAUGUGGUGGUUUCACGGAUAUUGCAAUGCCUUCCGCUACGAUGCCGAACGCCGCAAGGGCCGAGGUUCCGUGGGGUUGGGUGGCAACGUUGCGAAGUCGCUGCAGGAAAUAGAGCGAACCUUGGCUGCCUCCAGAACCCAGCACGUGCAGUCGACUCCUUUGCUAAUUGAGAAUUGUCAUGACCCCGAUCCCCAAGGCUCCGUGCAGAUCGCUCAAUCUUCCGGCCGAUUGCAGAAGAAUGCCAGUCAUGCAAGCGUUGUGCCACCCAUCUACCAGUCUUCCUCGAACGACUCCGGGAAUGGCUUCUUGGCCUCUGCAGAGACUUCUAUUUCUCGCAGCUACAACUCUGCCGCGGUCGUAGGGUCCAAUCCUAGGGUGCUAGAGCGCUCUACCCAUGGAUCCGGUGUGGUACAGCCGCUUUGGCUCUCCCGUCUCAGGGCGGUCUCCCUGGCAGCAUGGGAAACAAUUCAGCGUGCGUAA